GGUGUGAAGAACCCACUGAACUGGUUGCACGGUUUAGCUCAAUUGCUUGUCUAGAUCGAUACGAUAUCAUUGGAUAACUGGGAAGCUAGGGUAUGUAUAGGUGGAAGCUAUAAUCAAAACAAACCUUAGAAGGAAAACAAUAGUGUGGAUUAUUUCGAAGUUGAAGUUAAAACUAUAUUUUUCUGAAAUUAAAUAAAAUUAUACUGUUCUAUUGAAAAUAGUGGAAUAAUACGGUAGUUACAGUGUAUCUAGUAGUGGAAUAGGAGCUGACUGGUAAAAUAGGUGAAUUUAUUGAUCGUUCAUUAUAACAUAACGGUUUUGCUAGCAGGUUGUGCACCGACAAGGUCCCAGUUAAUACGCUACGUAAUUACUGUAUUUAGAAUUACCAUCUAAUUGAAAAGAACUAGUACCGUAACGAACCGUGGUAGACGGCUGAUCGAAUUCUCAUUGCAAGAGGAACAACAGGAGAAACUAUCUUGUAAGUCAGAACAAAAUUUGUAAUAAUGUACUUAUUAUAUGACCAUAUUAAAAUUGCAGUUUUGAGCUGCUUGUAAGCUGCUACGAGACGUUAGUGUAUUCCGCCGAACUCCGAACAUAUGCCGUCUGAAUGUAAAUAAAACAAAUCGAUCAUAUAGUAGUGUUUUCUUUCGGACAGCUUUUGGAUUGCAUUCAAACUAAAUAAAUAUUUAAAGUAAGUUCGAAAACGAAAAUAUUUCAGAAUGAGCAACGUUAUCAUCAGCAACAUUCAACGGAAGCACGCAAGCCCGAAUACAGUGUACCACGCUCUCUACGGACACUACUUUCUCGGUAUUUCAAGAAAGGAUCUGGCUCUUAUUUACGGAAAGGCUUUGUCAACCAUCUGCAAGUGGAUUUCAAAAUACGAGGAACAUGGAUAUUUCACCCGUAAACAGCGCGACCAGGUAUACAAAAAAUUUGGAUCGGUCAUGCGCCAGUGGGUCAUUGAUUUGUAUCGGAAGGAGCCGGUACUCUUCCUGGAAGAAGCCAAACACAAGUUUCAACUGCACUUCCAUCAAACCAUCAGCGUAUCAUCAAUCUGGGUGAUUCUUCAUGAGGCAGGGUUUUCAUGGAAGUCCAUCGAGCGUCGAGCAAUCCAGAUUCGGGAUGAUGAAAUUAUCCGUUUUGUGAAAGAAUUGUUAUCUAUUCAGUGGGAUUUAUACAAUCUUGUGUUCCUCGACGAGGUAGCUUUCGACAAUCGAGACAUGCUUCGAAACAAAGGAUACGGCGUUGUUGGACAGAAAAUUAUUUACCGAGGAGAAUUCUGUAGAAAACCUCGGGUAUCUUUUCUUUGUUUUUUGGGGCUAAAUGGCAUUGUUGAAAGUUUUUGGACAGAGGGAACCUUCAAUAGGACGAAAUUCUUCGAUUGCUGCAGGAAAUUUGCUUUGACAAACCCGCAUGUCCAACAAUACCCAGGAUUCCAUUCCGUUUGGAUUAUGGAUGGCGCAAAAAUCCAUUGCGACCCGAAUAUAAUUCGAUACCUACGCUCAAUUGGGAUUAUUCCAAUAUUUCUUCCUCCGUAUUGCCCGUUUUUUAACCCGAUCGAAGUAGUUUUUGGGUUGAUGAAACAGUUUCUCAGGAAACAUCAUCAUGAAAACUCUCCAAUUUUGAGAGACGUUUGUGGAACAGUCGAUAGAUUUAAAACCUUUUCGACAAAACACAUUUUCGAGCAUUGUGGAUACUUUGGGGGUGGAGUUUUCCUACCUGAAAAAGGAUUGGGUCAAGAUCCGAAAGAUAUGGAUUUCAAUAUCAUGCCGUAUUGAUUCAGUUUUAGAUACAUGAUCGUUCAUAUUGGUUUAUUUCACAGUCAACAGAAUAAAAUUGAUUUUAAAACAAAACAAAACUUCAAUUUCUUGCCAAAUCGUUCAUAUAGGUUUAUUUCAUAGUCAACAGAAUAAAAUUGAUUUAAAAACAAAACAAAACUUCAAUUUCUUGCCAAAAAACAACAAACGGGAAUUAAUUUCCAAGUCCAAAUCUCUCAAGCAUGGUCUGUAUCAUCGCAGUCCCCAACCCUAGAUGCAAGAAUUUUACUAAGAUCCGAUUCCACAGGCUGUAAUGUUGAUUCUAUAGCAUCAAACACCUCAGAUCCAGUUGAACCUCUCGCUUUCAUCGCACUUAGUCUGUUCGAUACUCCUUGUAAAAUGUUGAGAGCCAAUGAUACAUCUUUCUCCAGAUCCGCUACCUCCUUUGUCCAUCCAGUAUUUACAACAUUGGCCACGACCAUCCCUCGAUGCAUAGCUUGUAGUCUCGCUGAUUCAGAUACUGCUGCCCAGCGAAAAUAUUUUGCCAGCUCAAGAGGAGGGGCACUGGCAAGCUUCAGACGAUCACGUUCGUGUGCUGGUGAUGAGUUUACGUAAUUCGUCCACAGCAGCCAGGAGCUGAAAUGUCCUUCGAUGUCCGGAUGUGACGCGCAGAGUUCACUAGCAAGUGAGGAAUCAUCACGCGUGGAAGUGGCACCUGAACGAUCGGGAUUUUGUGGGGAAAUCAGCACGCGCUGAAGUUUUUGGUGCUGUGUAUUCGUUUCCACAUUUAGGGAAUACACGUACACAAAGAUUUUUAAAACUCUUCCUCGCCACAAACGUAACACUCGAGGUGUGAUACUAGCGAUAGAGUAGAGUUUUUUUUUGGUUUGGUCCUGGAGCAUCACGAACUCACCGAUGUCUUCAAAAUCCGGAUGUUCUUUGUCGCACCACGACGGUACCUCAUCUUCGAAUUGCACUUUGCGAUUAACAUGGUGUUUUGCGGUGCUCCAAAUACAUCGUAGUACAUCAUCCACGGAAUCGCCGAAGAUAUCUCUUGAAGACAUUUGCCCGGUACG